CAUUAGCUUCAAGGAUAUUAUUUUUCUGCAAAUAAGAUGCUAGUGUCAUCAUUUGUCUUGUUUAUUAGAUACCCAAGUACCUUUUGUAUGAAACACCCACGUGUGACAAGCUACAGCUACAACAAAAGAUACAUCCGGGAUAGAUGGCCUAUAAAACAUGCUAGACAGUCCGUAUCAACACCAAACGCUCUGAGCUCAGACUUCAACAUGCAGCUAUCAACUGUCGUGUUCGCGCUUGUAGUACUUGCCGCAGUGCUGGUAAAAUCAGGAGAGGCGAGGGCUUCACCAUCAAAAGAGGAGCUGCUGGAUGAUUUGACUGAUAGGCUGUUGGCUAGAUAUUUGGAAAGUAGGGAGCAAGAUAAAGGUGUGCAGAAUGCCAACACACGAGACGGAUAUAAGGAUGGUCCAGUGCGUCGUUGGUGGUGGAAGAAACCUGAUACAAGCAAAAAUAACGCUGAUAGUGAAAGCAAAAGUGAGGAUACAUACAAUAAUAAUAACAACCAAGGAAAUGACUGUAAAAAGUGAUUAAAAUCCAAGUGGUUAAAAACAUAAGCAGUGAAACAUAUUUUAGCUCUAUGACGUUUAUCUAUCAUAAACAUCUUCUGUUUCCACAAAACGAAGAAACAAAAACGGUAAUUAUUUUUAUCCAUCAAAUUGUGAAAAACAAAACGACAAAAAUAUAUCGACGUAAAUUCAUUGUCACAUAAUGUUUCACAAAUGUACCUAUUUGUAGAUAGGUUAGUGUGAUACAAAUUAAUAUAUUUAGGAUUUUGGAUUUGUUUUUGGCAUAAUGAAUAAUAUUUUAUUUUACUAUUGUAAAUACAAUUAUUCAUAUUUCUUUGUUAUCUAUUUUAUGUUUUUACUUAUCUACAGGUAGUUUUAUAUUAAGUUGCAGUUUCAUAACUGUCCAUUAUAUAGUAUUCACUAUAUCUGUAUAUAUCAAAAAUGGUCGUCUGCUAAAAUUGUCCGAUAGCGCCCUGACAUGCUGUAUCUACAACACGCAUGCGCAUACAUACACUUAUGAAAUUGCAACCUGUCUAAUAUAUGCAUGUUCUUUUAAUCAGCUUUUUUUGAAUUUCAUAUUGAUUGUUUUUAUUUUGACUUUUACAAGACUUGUUAACAAAUUUGCAAAAGACAAUUCAUUUUCAAAUGGCACUUUGGCAUAUAUGACAUUUCUUAAUAAAAUAUCAAUAUACAAUUGUCUUCAAGACGAUUAAAGUUCAAAAAAAGGUACAACAAUUGUUAACAUACAUGUUAUUGUUUCAAAAUGAAAGAUGUAAAAUUUUGUAUGCACUAAGACAUUUACAAUUUAUAUCAAGGUUGUGAACAAGUAUAACAUUCUCUACUUCUAUGCAACUUACUUUAUAUCUAUUAAACAUAAUUUUCUGCAGA